AUGACAACACCACCAACAGCAACACUCCAAAUGGUCAGGCAAAGUGAUGAUGAAUGUCAUUUCAAUUAUCUUAUAAUAGACUAUUGUUCCACUCCAACCUGUCCAGCCAGUUGUGACGAUCAUAAUGCUUGUACUGCUGAUUCUUGCGACACUGUAAAGGGUUGCUGUGUCAAUACUCCAAUCACAUGUGAUGAUAAGAAUGCUUGUACCUCAGAUUCCUGUGAUUGCGAUAAGGGUUGCGUUUUCACACCAAUCUCUUGUAAACCAAAGGAUGCCUGUAAUAUCGCCUCAUGUAGUAACUCUACUGGUUGCGUUCAAACACCUAUUAGUUGCGAUGAUGGAAACAAGUGUACUGUAGAUUCCUGCGACUGUGAAAAGGGCUGCCAACAUACUCCUCUCAGUUGCGAUGAUAAGAAUGCUUGUACCUCAGAUUCCUGUGAUUGCGAUAAGGGUUGUGUUAACACUCCAAUUUCAUGUAAACCAAAGGAUGCCUGCAAUAUCGCCUCAUGUAGCAACUCAACUGGUUGUGUCCAAACACCAAUUAGCUGUGAUGAUGGAAAUAGAUGUACCAAUGAUUAUUGUGAUGCCGUUAAGGGCUGCCAACACACUGAUGUUAGUUGUGAUGAUAAGAAUGCCUGUACCUCAGAUUCCUGUGACUGCGAUAAAGGUUGCGUUAACACUCCAAUAACAUGCAAACCAAAGGAUGCCUGUAAUAUCGCCUCAUGUAGUAACUCUACUGGUUGUGUCCAAACACCAAUUAGCUGUGAUGAUGGAAAUAGAUGCACCAACGAUUUUUGUGAUGCCGUUAAGGGCUGCCAACACACUGAUAUUAGUUGUGAUGACAAGAACGCUUGUACCUCAGAUUCCUGUGACUGCGAUAAGGGUUGCGUUAACACUCCAAUCUCUUGCAAACCAAAGGAUGCCUGUAAUGUAGCCUCAUGUAGCAACUCUACUGGUUGUGUCCAAACACCUAUCAGUUGUGAUGAUGGAAAUAGAUGUACCAAUGAUUAUUGUGAUGCUGUUAAGGGCUGCCAACACACUGAUGUUAGUUGUGAUGAUAAGAAUGCUUGUACCUCAGACUCCUGCGACUGCGAUAAAGGUUGUGCUAACACUCCAAUUUCAUGUAAACCAAAGGAUGCCUGUAAUGUAGCCUCAUGUAGUAACUCAACUGGUUGUGUCCAAACACCUAUCAGCUGUGAUGAUGGAAAUAGAUGCACCAACGAUUUUUGCGAUGCCGUUAAGGGCUGCCAACACACUGAUAUUAGCUGCGAUGACAAGAAUGCUUGUACUGCAGAUUCCUGUGAUUGCGAUAAGGGUUGCGUUAACACUCCAAUCUCUUGCAAACCAAAGGAUGCCUGUAAUGUAGCCUCAUGUAGCAACUCUACUGGUUGUAUCCAAACACCAAUUAGCUGUGACGAUGGAAACAAAUGUACCUCUGACCAAUGUGACUCUGUUUUGGGUUGCAUCAAUAAACCAAUUUCAUGUCCACCAAUAGACGCUUGCAAUGUUGGAUCAUGUAACAAUGCAACCGGUUGUAUCCAAACACCUAUCAAUUGUGAUGAUGGAAAUAAAUGUACCAUUGAUUCCUGCGAUUGUGUUAAGGGCUGCGUACACAUUGAUGUUAGCUGUGAUGAUAAGAACGCUUGUACUGCAGAUUCCUGCGACUGCGAUAAGGGUUGCGUUAACACUCCAAUUACCUGUAAGCCAAUCGAUGCCUGUAAUGUAGCUUCAUGUAGUAACUCAACUGGAUGUAUCCAAACACCAAUUAGUUGUGAUGACAACAACGCUUGUACUGCAGAUUCCUGUGAUUGCGAUAAGGGUUGCGUUAACACUCCAAUCCCAUGUAAACCAAAGGAUGCCUGUAAUGUAGCCUCAUGUAGCAACUCUACUGGUUGUAUCCAAACACCAAUCAACUGCGACGACAACAACAAAUGUACUUUCGAUACCUGUGACUCUGUUAAGGGCUGCAAGAAUACACCAAUCAACUGUGAUGAUAAUAAUGCCUGCACUGCAGAUUCCUGUGAUUGCGAUAAAGGUUGCGUUAACACUCCAAUUUCAUGCAAACCAAAGGACGCUUGUAAUGUUGCCUCAUGUAGUAACUCAACUGGAUGUGUCCAAACACCAAUUAGUUGUGAUGACAACAACGCUUGUACUGCAGAUUCCUGCGAUUGCGAUAAGGGUUGCGUUAACACUCCAAUCUCUUGCAAACCAAAGGAUGCCUGUAAUGUAGCCUCAUGUAGCAACUCUACUGGUUGUAUCCAAACACCAAUCAAUUGUGAUGAUGGAAACAAAUGUACUGAAGAUUCCUGUGACUGCGAUAAGGGUUGUAUUCACACUCCAAAGAAUUGUGACGAUGGAAACAAAUGUAAAAUCAACACCUGUUGUGUAGACACUGGUGACUGUCAAUCCGUGGAUGUCAACUGUGAUGAUAAGAACUCUUGCACACAAGAUCUAUGCGAUAAAUCGAUUGGCUGUUUCCAUCCACCAGUCCAAUGCAAUGACUACAAUGCCUGCACCUUAGAUUCAUGUAACAACGCAACUGGCUGCGUACACACACCAGUCUCAUGUCAACCAAAGGAUGCCUGUAAUGUUGCCUCAUGUAAUAAUGUAACCGGAUGUAUCCAAACACCUAUCAACUGUGAUGAUGGUAAUGCUUGUACCGCAGAUUCCUGCGACUGCGAAAAAGGCUGCGUACACACUCCAAUCCCAUGUAAACCAAAAGAUGCUUGUAGCAUUGCCUCAUGUAGUAACUCAACUGGUUGUAUCCAAACACCUCGCAACUGUGAUGAUGGAAAUAGAUGUACUGUAGAUUCCUGCGACUGUGAUAAGGGUUGUAUUCACACUCCUCUCAGUUGCGAUGAUAAGAAUGCUUGUACCUCAGAUUCCUGUGAUUGCGAUAAGGGUUGUGUUAACACUCCAAUUUCAUGCAAACCAAAGGAUGCCUGUAAUAUAGCUUCAUGUAGCAACUCUACUGGUUGUAUCCAAACACCAAUCAAUUGUGAUGAUGGAAACAGAUGUACCAACGAUUUUUGCGAUGCCGUUAAGGGCUGCCAACAUACUCCUCUCAGUUGCGAUGACAAGAACGCCUGUACCGCAGAUUCCUGUGACUGCGAUAAAGGUUGCGUUAACACUCCAAUAACAUGCAAACCAAAAGAUGCUUGUAGCAUUGCCUCAUGUAGCAACUCUACCGGUUGUAUCCAAACACCUCGCAACUGUGAUGAUGGAAAUAGAUGUACUGUAGAUUCCUGUGACUGCGAUAAGGGUUGUAUUCACACUCCUCUCAGCUGCGAUGACAAGAACGCCUGUACUGCAGAUUCCUGCGACUGCGAUAAAGGUUGCGUUAACACUCCAAUAACAUGUCCAAACAAAGACAAGUGUAAUGUUGGAUCCUGUAAGAACUCAACCGGAUGUAUCCAAACACCGAUUAUGUGUGAUGACAACAACAAAUGUACUGUCGACUCUUGUGAUCCAACCAAAGGAUGUCAAUCGAAACCAAUCACAUGUCCCAACAAAGACAAGUGUAACAUUGGUGUUUGUGACUCUGUAAAGGGCUGCAGUACCACUCCUCUCAAAUGUGAUGAUAAUAAUCCAUGUACUGAAGAUUCGUGCGACUGCGAUAAGGGUUGCGUUUUCACUCCAAUCACCUGUAACGAUAACAACGCAUGUACCAACGGUGUAUGUAACAACUCCACCGGUAAAUGUGACUACACUGAUGUCUGCUGUGAUGACAACAACAAAUGUACUACAGACUCCUGUGACAAGAAGAGAGGUUGUCAAAACAAUGCAAUUACUUGUGAUGAUAACAAUAAAUGUACAUCCGAUUCAUGUGAUAAAUCAAUUGGUUGUGUUUACAAGAACAUCACUUGUUCACCAAAGGACAAAUGUUCAGUUGCAAGCUGCGAUCCAAGAAAGGGAUGUGUUCAAUCCGAUAUCUCUUGUAACGAUAACAACGCCUGUACCGCAGAUUCCUGUGACUGCGAUAAGGGUUGCGUUAACAAACCAGUUCAAUUGAGUUGCGGUGACGACGACUGCGAUGACAACAACAAGUGUUCGACAUCCUCAUGCAAUCCAAAGACUGGAAAGUGUGAGACCUCCACCUUGAAGUGUGACGAUGGCAAUGCCAACACCUGUGACUCCUGUGAUGCCAAACGUGGCUGUGUAUACACACCAUGUAACGACAACAACAAAUGUACCAUUGACACCUGUGGAGCAAACGGUAAAUGUGUAUUCACUCCAAAGAAUUGUGAUGAUGGUGAUCCCAAGACCACCGACAGUUGCGACAAAAACACCGGUCAAUGUGUAAACAAAUGUUAA